AUGGCGCCGUCCAGGAGUCGCGAGGUUUCUUUAACAAUUCUGGUCGUUUUGCUUUGGGGGGCUACCUGGACCCACGGGCGGCGGAGUGAUGUGCGCAUUAUCACGGACGAGAAUUGGAGAGAGUUGCUGGAAGGAGAGUGGAUGAUAGAAUUUUAUGCUCCUUGGUGUCCUGCUUGUCAAAAUCUUCAACCAGAAUGGGAAAGUUUUGCUGAAUGGGGAGAAGAUCUUGAGGUCAAUGUUGCGAAAGUAGAUGUCACAGAGCAGCCAGGACUGAGUGGACGAUUUAUCAUAACCGCUCUUCCUACUAUUUAUCAUUGUAAAGAUGGUGAAUUUAGGCGUUAUCAGGGCCCAAGGACUAAGAAGGACUUCAUUAACUUUAUAAGUGAAAAAGAAUGGAAGAGUAUUGAACCUCUUUCAUCAUGGUUUGGUCCAGGUUCUAUUCUGAUGAGUAGUAUGUCAGCACUCUUCCAACUAUCUAUGUGGAUCAGGACUUGCCAUAACUAUUUUAUUGAAGACCUUGGAUUACCCGUGUGGGGAUCGUAUACAGUUUUUGCUUUAGCAACCCUGCUUUCAGGACUAUUGUUAGGACUUUGUAUGAUAUUUGUGGCAGAUUGCCUUUGUCCUUCAAAAAGGCGCAGACCACAGCCAUACCCUUCAAAAAAAUUAUUACCAGAAUCUUCUCAACCUUUGAAGAAAGUGGAGGAGGAACAAGAGACUGAUGAGGAUGGCGUUUCAGAUGAGGAAGCAGAAAGUAAAGGGACAAACAAAGACUUUCCACAGAAUGCAAUACGACAGCGUUCGGUGGGCCCUUCGUUGGCCACGGAUAAAUCCUAAUUUUAUAAAUAUCUUCAUGCUUUGAUUUUGACAGAAUGGAAGAUUGAUAAUUUCCUUUGGUUUGGAGUGAACUGUGACUUGUACAUUGCAGGAUUCAAUCUAGAUUGUCAUCAGAUUGAGCAGUCCACCUUCAGAAAAUAAA